AUGGUAGCACUAUAUACAGAAGCGAGAAGGGAACUGCAAAUGUUUGUGUGGGACGAACUUUGCCAGGAUUUCCCAGUGGGGCGAAGGAUCACCGAAAAAUGCAUGGUAAACCUGGUUGAUUUGGUAGUUUCACAAUCAGCAGAAGGAUUAUAUCCCUGGCAAACUGCAUCGCAAAAACGAUUUCACUACCUAGAAGAAAAGGGAAAGCAUCACGUUCAAUUACGAUCCGCAAAUUAUUUCAAAAACUGCUAUUUUUCACCAAUUCAGUGCGUACUUGUUGAAGAGCAAAAAUUUUCUGAGCAUGAAACCAAUAAAAAUCUGAGGGCUCUCACUGUUCGUCUUCAAAAUGGUGUUAGUAAUGAAGAAACUGUCAAGAUGCGUUGA